AUGAGCUGGAAGGCUUCUCUUCACCGGCACUUGGGUCCUGACGUUGGCUUGGGAAUCCCUGCAGGUCAAGAAUGCAGCUCCUAUGCAGGCUCUUCCAGGUGGCACUUCUUAUCGAGAAACGCAACGCCAGCGCGUUUCUGUGCCCGAAAGUUGCCCCUCCUCUGCCCCUCGUUCUCCCUCGCCAACGUCAACGAUUCGGGUUGGUACCACGACAGUAGCCGUCUCCCGUCCCGGAUUGAGGGCCGCGAGGGCCUAACUUCUGAGGGGGAAUCGGCCCUCGCCAGACCUUCUCCAGAGUCUAGCAAGGGGCAGGAUAUCUCGAUUUAUCGCCAGAGAGCAAAGGAAAUAUCUGAAGAAGCCAACCAGCAGAAUCAUUUGGUUACCUACGACCAACAGAUUGAGCCACCUCAUAUGGACGCAUGGACAAUCAGCCAUGACGCAUCUGGGGGAGAGCAUAACCCUAGCAUUCAUUACCUCGAGAAUCGAGAACAGCAGUGA